AUGGCGGACGCGUCGGACCCCUCGUCCAAGCAGUGCACCCUCCCCAGGGAGAAGGUCUUCUCCAUCCAGAUCGGUUCGGAUCUAUUUCGUCUCUCAGGAGCUUCAAUUGCCUCAGAUGCUCCAUCCUACUUCUCGCGAUUCUUCGAGGAGCAGAUACGCAUCCCCGAAUCACGCAGCUGCCGCACCCUAUACAUCGAUCGCGACCCCGAAACCUUCAAAGAGAUUGCAAGGCAUCUGCAAGGAUACCAUGUUCGGCCACGAGAUGGCGCACAGUUUGUCAAGCUGUUCGCCGAUGCUCAGUUCUAUAGCCUUCCCCGAUUGAUGUCCCAACUUUUCGAAUCCGAGAUCUUCAUCCAAAUCGGUGACCGCCACUUCCAAAUUCCGCGCGAUAUCUUCUCAAGUCCUGGCGACUCCCCCAAUUUCUUCACACUGGGCUUUGGAGCCUUCUUCGCUUCCCCAUCGGAAGUUUUCCCUGGUCUGGACCGGGUUGGACUCCUCCGUCCACCAGCUAUCACACCCCCAAGCGUACCCAAUCGCUCCGCGGAGGUCUUCGCAGAGCUCGUACACCUGCUACGUGGAUACCCAUUACAUAUUCGAAAUGAUGAGCACCGUGCCGAACUUCUGCGGGAUUGCAGAUACUUCCAUCUCCGGGGCUUGGAACAGAAAAUAAUACCACACGACAUCAGCGUCAAUCCUUUCAACCAGCGUUCGGAGAUCGCCCUACGACUAGAGGAUAUCCGGCCGUCAGGCGUUCAGGUUGCCACAAACUCUAUAACAUCAUUGGCGAUGGGCGGGUUGGUUAUGUACGGCCGACCAUAUGUGGAUGAUAAGCCCUUUGAUCUAAUGCUGGAAAUCGGAGGGGAGUCGACAAUAAUUAGUCGGGCGGGCCAGCGUGCCGACUUCAUUGGUCAAACCAAGUCCCGAAUGGCGAGCCUUGUACAAAUCAUAGGGAAAAAGAUGAACAUACCCGAGGCUCAUGUUGCAGGGCUUCCGCUGAAUAUUCGUUGGGGACAGGAGACUGACCUCACUAUUGAUGGGGAAAGAGAUCCUCAGCGUAUUACGAAAUUGCUUUCUAGUGGUGAGAUUGAUGAUGAGGGACCUCCGCUUAAGCGCCAGCGAUCUGAAGGGUCGGAAGAGGGACCUUGGGUUGUUCGGAAGGGACAGUGGAGGCUGUUGGUGCAGCAGGCUGACCCUAAUGGUCCUUGUGAGGUUGUUCUAGUGGCUACAAAGCUGGAUGUAUACACCCAUCCGCGCAUUCGCAACCGAGCCAGGGAUUUCUUAUAA